GGCCCCGCCCCCUUGCGCAGCUCGCGGAAGCCGCUGUAGACAUGGUGCAGGCCUGGUACAUGGACGAGUCCACCGCCGAUCCGCGGAUGCCCCACCGCGCGCACCCCGACCGUCCGGUGGGCCUGGAGCAGCUGCGCACGCUCGGAGUGCUCUAUUGGAAGCUGGAUGCUGACAAGCAUGAGAAUGAUCCAGAACUGGAAAAGAUCCGGAAGGAGAGGAACUACUCCUGGAUGGACAUCAUCACCAUAUGCAAAGAUACACUUCCCAAUUAUGAGGAGAAGAUCAAGAUGUUCUUUGAGGAGCAUCUGCACCUGGACGAGGAGAUCCGCUACAUCCUGGAGGGUAGUGGGUACUUCGAUGUCAGGGACAAGGAGGACAAGUGGAUCCGGAUUUCCAUGGAGAAGGGGGACAUGAUCACACUCCCUGCUGGCAUCUAUCACCGCUUCACGCUGGAUGAGAAGAAUUACGUGAAGGCCAUGCGGCUGUUUGUGGGCGAACCUGUGUGGACACCAUACAACCGUCCAGCCGACCAUUUCGAUGCCCGGGUACAGUACGUGAGGUUUUUGGAAGGAAGAGCGUAGCAAUGCUGCCCGAAGUGUACCUGCAGUGUGUGAGGCCCUGGCUGCAGUCACCGGUGGGAAAGUUGCUCACCUCUGCUUUCUUAGGAGGAGUUGAUGCUAGGCUAGCUAGCUCUCCUCGGCAAGAUUGUCAGAUCAGAUUAUUUUUAAUCAAAGCAUCGAUAAAAGUGAUUUUUACAUGGAACCACAAAAAUGUGAACAAGUGGCUUUAACUUUUCCUAACUCUGUCAAGACCUAGAGGUAUGGGAGCUCUGGCUUGGUGUGUGCAUUCAUGCACAGUAGAUCUUCAUGUCCCAGAAGGUCCGUUUGUAGGUGUCUGUUGGACUGUGAAGCUAUGCCCUUUGGAAGCGGGCAGUUAUACCCAGCACAGUUAACCAGAAAGAAGAUGUUUUUUCUCCCUCAUCAAUCUUUGGGUGAUUGCUUUAAACUAAAGCAGCUACCUUAAUUGUAUGCUCAUGGUAAUAAAUGUAUUACACUCAUGGGAAUAUAUGGUAUUUUAUUUGGUUCAUUAAAACCUCACGCUAGAUUCCUUAUAUGAUUUUAUAUGUGCAUAGUUAAUUUCUACAUCAGGGCAGAAAAUUUUCAGUGUGAUUUCAGGCCCUUUUACAAUUAAGAAUCAAAAGAAGUAAUGCGUGAUUUCCCUACUCAAGUGCCUUGGGGCUGAACUGAUACAAUUUAGCUGUAGAACACUAACCUAGCACAUGCAGAGCCCUGGGCAUGGACCCCAGCACCACAAAUAAAGAAUAAUAAUGCUGAAA